AGAUUUCUUUUGUUUUUCAUUUUGACUCUUGUCAUUUGAACUCACUCCAAUCAUCCUCACUCGUUUUAUAUUGUUGCUGUGUCAGACUCGGUGUAAAGUUGGUAACGUCCUCCGACUUAUUGCAAAGCAAACAACGAAACGAGCACAGAACUUUGUUAGAUCGAAGAGAACUAGAAAUGAAAAAACUGAGAUUUCUAAAUUACGAGUGCCCACUCUGAAGCUAUCUCGCAUGCUCGCAUUCCCUACCCUGGGCCUGCUGCAGCUGCCACCUGCUCUGAGAAAUAGUUAUAAGCAGUACCAAGUUCUAUAAAGCCGAAGGAGAAUAAUGGAGUAGUGUCUGUAACUCUAACACCUUCAUUUCUGAGGUUCAGGUCCAGUUCCUUCACACAGCAUGAGUGCUAGAGGUGAACCUCCAAGGAAGAAGGUAUGUCGGGAGAUAACCACUGCAUCCAAAGCAAUGGAAGAAUGCAAGCAAUAUCGAAUGACAGAACGACAUUCUCUCCUGGCGCUGCAUUCAAUGAAGGAGAUGUGGCAACGUGGCGAGCUUUGUGAUUUAACUCUACUUGUGGGUGCUAGAACGUUUUCAGUACACCGAGUUGUAAUGGCUGGCAGUAUUCCCUUUCUGCGUGCUAUGCUGUGCUCUGGGAUGAAAGAAAGUCGACAACAGGAAGUCCGCCUGCAUGAGGUGGAUGAGGAGUCCAUGGAAGUCAUCGUCAACUUCUGCUAUACUGGAGAGCUUGAUGUUGGAAUUGAGAGUGUAUAUCCUCUUGUUGCUGCUGCUAACCUGUUGCAAAUGGAUGAAGUUCGAGAUGCCUGCUGUCUGUUCUUGAAGUCCCGUCUCUCCCCUGACAACUGUAUUAGCACACAUUGCUUUGCAGACACACAUGGCUUCCUGGAGCUUCUUGCGGCUGCUGAUAACUUUGCCUGUAAGAAUUUUGAUGCCGUUGUUGCGUCCGAGGAGUUUCUUUCAUGUGAUGUUGAUGCCGUCACUCGCCUACUCGAUAGUGAAGUUGUGCAAGUGCCAUCCGAGGAGAGAAUAUAUCAUGCAUUGAUCAUGUGGAUCGAGGCUGACCGAGCUGGUCGGUCCAAACACGUCCUCGACCUGCUACGCUGUAUCAGAUUCCCCAGCCUCUCUCGGAGCUUCAUCGAGUCCAGCAUUAUUCCAUCCGAGCUUAUCAAAUCCACUCCAAACUGUGAGGCAUUCUUUCAAGGUGUUCUAGCUGCUCAUAUGAAUCCUCACACUAAGGUUCGCCUGCCACCCGUUGCAGUCUAUGUUGUUGGCGGCAGGAAUGCCACCCACUGCUUGGAUUCGUGUGAGCGUUACGAUCCAUGCAAUAACACUUGGAAUGCUAUUGGCUCAAUGAAGCAGGUACGGACAGCAGUGACAGUUGCCCAGCUGAAUGGAUUUAUUUACGCCAUAGGUGGCGAACGCGAGACUCAGUAUUCCCAGUAUGGUACAUCCUACCUGAAUUCUGUCGAGCGCUAUAACAUUAAAAGCGACGUGUGGGAUAAUGUUGCACCAUUGAAGACCAGUCGUUCGUUCGCUGCAUCAGCCGUAUUGAACGAUUUGAUCUUUGUCAUCGGUGGAGAGGAUGGCAGUAACUACAGUCUACUCAGUGUAGAAAUCUACAAUCCGGCCAAGGACACCUGGUUUGAGGGUCCACACUUGAAUAUGCGUCGAUCUGGUCCGGGCUGUUGUGUUGUGGAUGGCUGUAUCUACGUCAUGGGUGGUUGCACUGCUGCUAUUGAGAACUAUCACAUGUCUGUGGAGUGUUUGCGACCACCUAAUGAGGUCAAGGAUGAGAGAGAGUAUGCAAGUGACUGCCACUGGACUCUGGGCAAGAGCAUGACGUUGGCACGGUCUGGAGUUGCUGUUUGUGCACUCAACGGACACAUAUAUGCAUGUGGUGGGCGCAAUCGAUCACAGAGCAUAUACUACAAGGCUGUGGAGUGCUAUGACUGCGAUAGAAAUGAAUGGAGGCAAGUGCAGCCAAUGCAUAUGAAACGUGCCUGGGCAGGCUCAGUUGUUUGCGGUGGUCUCAUCUACGUAUUCGGCGGCUAUGAUGGUGUUGAUCGUCUUGAUUCUGUGGAGUCAUUUGAUCCAGUCACCGAAACGUGGUCCAACGUAGACACAACCAUGGCGUUUCAGCGUGCAGGCUGUGCUGCUGCAGUCACCUAGUGUUGAAAGUUCCCGGGUAUGCCAACGAUGAUACGUUGCCCAGCGUGGGUAUAUAGAUCACUUUCAAACGUGGGUAUACUGCUGUCACUAUUUUCCUCUUGUCUAUACGGCUUGCCUCUUUUCUCUACACUGCCAUUCUGCUGGGCACUGCAGUUUAGCAUCUAGAAAUACCUCUGGUCUACCACAGCUCCACAUGCCAUUGAUGCUAUUAUUGCCAUUGACUCUAUAUCGACUCUACUCAUUGGAUAUAUUCCUGCUGUUUAUCUGUACAUAGCUUGUUGUUGGCCAUCCACCACUGCUAAAAGUGAGUGGUAGGCUGUGGCUGUUAUCAACUGCUGUAUGCUUUUUUACAUGAUUUGUUGGACUGCAAGUCUAAGUCUCCUCCUUCAUUAUUAUCUUACCGAUGAUUUUAUCAAUAAUAGUCAUUCAUGAAAUAUACUCCCAGGUCAAAUCCACAAACGUCUGCAGCUAUGUUAGCUUGGCUCUCACAUUGUGCCUCCCAUCUGCCACCGCUUGUAUGUUACUGCUGCUGCUGCUGCUGUUACUGCUGUUGCCACCACUGCCAUGAUCGUUACAGUUGUUGUUGUUGGUGUGUGUGUGUGUGUGUGUGUGUGUGUUUGUUUUUAGUUCAUUCGCUCCUGCCCUCGUUGAGCUGUGUACAUGAUACUUGGAGGUCUUACUGUUCUUAGCGUCAGAGAGUGUUCGGCACAUUUCUCUUGUUGUUUACAGCUCAAGCUGUUCACAAACCAAAAGUCUUUUUUUCUUUUUAUCAGCUUUCAUACUUUAAAACCAUUGAAUGCAUUUUCUUCAUGAUAUUUUACCCAGUUGUGCAAACUCGUCUAUGAAACAUAUUAGGCAUGACACAGUGAAGUCCUAUGUGAAUGCUUCAGGAAUGAUUUUGCAUUCUCAAAAA